GUUUGGAGUGGCUGCAGGGGAGGGCAUCUGGCCUUUACUGCUCCUUUAUGUCUCAUAUCUCUUUCAUCAAGAAUUUGUCUUCAAGCCACCAUAAACCCCACAGUUCCAUUGGGGGAGAGUUUGGAGGAUGGAAGGGGAUCCAAAGACACAGGACCUCCGUGUUACCACUCAGUCAUCGGCUGUUGCACCAAGCACGUCAUCUGAACCGGGAGCUUUGUCUGCUGCUGAGCCUGUGUGGUUUAGCCAUCACCGGUCUGCUCUGUCUCUCUAAGUCAUGGAUUCGCUUUCACGUGCCAGUGGGUACUCCUGGCAACUUCACCUUCAUUGACAUCUACACAUCUCUCUUUGUUCCCUGCCCAGAGACCGAGUGCACACUGGAGCCUGACCAGCCACCCUAUUACCUGAAUUACUCCGUCGUCUUCAUACUCAUUGCUAGCCUCAUCGGUUUCCUUCUCUGCCUGGCCCUCGUCUACUCCGUUCUCUUCUUCACAGGCUCAGUGCCCAUCUUUGACCUCUCCACCUCCAUUGCCAGCUUCUUCACAGGCCUGUUCCUGUUCCUGUGUGCCCUGUUCUACCUGCUUCAGGCCCAGAAUUUCCUGCAGGAGGGUAUGAGCUACACCCUGGAAAUAAACUACUACCUGACAUGGGCGGGCAUCUUCCUCUUCAUGAUGACAGGCUUCCUUUGCUUCCUCAACUAUCUGAAUUUCUGGUCUAUAAUUACACCUGGGGGGUCCUGGCUUUAGGCCAUUAAGAUUACUAUCCUGGACUCUGCCCUCCCAACUUCUUACCACCACCCCAACCCUUAUGCCUUCCCAGCUGAGCCCAUCACCAUUCCUGGGCCAUCCCUUCCCCUUCCUUGACUCAAUUUAAUAAAUUCAUAUGUCCUCCCUCUCUCC